GUUCUGGCAAUGGAAUAGAGACCAAACGAGAAAUCUGACCAAAACAACCAUGCAACUUGCACGUGUAGAGUAGAUAUUCAAUAGCGAAUUAAUUAAAAUGAAAGCACAGAAAAGUAUUCCCAAGAAACCUAUGACGAAAAUGAAGAUUGUAAAGAAAAGAAAGAUGCCAAAAAGUUCAUCCAGUAAUCCGGUAACUAAAAAAUUUAGAGAAGCAGUUAAACAGUCUUUUCACGGCAAACACUUCCCUUUCGGUUACAAUCCUAGUUCUAGUUACCAGACAAAAUCACAAGCCCAGCUCCAAAGUAAAGCUAUCCAACUGCCAGGUAAUUAUGUCUUUUUUUAGUUGUCUAACUAUAAACGUUUGUAGCACCAACGUCGAUACUCUUAUAGAGUAACCAAAGUUCGAUGAUUGGAUUUAUUGAUGUAAAAUGUAGACUACCAGUCCGGCAGUGGCAUGACGUAGACGUAUCACAAUCACAUGGCUGUCAUCGUGGUUGGACGUAGACGUAUCACAAUCACAUGGCUGUCAUCGUGGUUGCAGGCCCGUUCUUAGGCAUACACUGUCUACGCAUCCACGUAGGGCCCCGAACGUGAGGGGGCCCCCGUGAGGCGCCCUCGAUCCCCCGUUUUUUUUAAAACUGGCACUGCAGCCGUCUGUGUCACUCACGUUACCUUCCUCAUCCUGAAAUUUAUCAUUUUUGAGUUGAAUUUGGAGGCAGGGGAAGGGAAGCAGCAGGGGGGAGCUUUGGGGGUGACAGACAGGAAAUCAGGGGCUUGGCCGUGGGAAUGGGAAAGUAUAAAUAGCGAUCGGUUAGUCUGGCUAAACCAUUACACAUUGUGGAUUGGUGGCGGCAGGACGGUGCAUUUUGAGGCUAUCACAUUAUUCUUAGGAUUAUUAGUUAAAGGAAAAACUAGUUUAUCACGUAGGCCCUACAUCCUAAUCCUUAGGAAUAAUGCCAGGAACAAAACGAUCUACGACCCCAGGUAUUAUUAAAGGAAGAAAAAAGCAGCUGAAAACGCUUUUAUCGCUCGGGGGAGCUCCACCCCUGACCCCCCCCCCCUCCGGGGCCCCAACCUACGCUCCAUGCUUAGGUCCCCCAAACUCCUAAGAACGGCUUAGGUGGUUGCUAAGACCCCGGAAUAAUCAUGGAUCAUGCAACCAAGAUGUCGGCCUUGUGUCUGCUUCCAUCUUAAACCCUACAACUAUCCCUAAACUUAAACAUAACCUGAUCCCUAAAACUACCCCUAAACUUAAAACUAACCUAAACCCUAAAACUAUCCCUACUUUUACUACUUAAUUUAAACCUAAUGUAACCUGAACCUUAACUAAACCGAACCUUUACACUACGAAAUGACUAUUAGUUAAACUGAAGAAUUAAUAAUUAAGUUUAUAAACAUAUAGUCCAUUCAAUUAUCUUUCAUUUGAUACCAAAUUUUGUUGUACAAACCCUACAAUCUUAUCUACAAUAAUAUUUUAAAUAUUUUUUAAUAAACCCAACCUCUCACUUCUGAAACCUAAUAGCCGCAGCCUAAAACUAACCCUAGCCCUAAGCCUAAACCUCAAGUAAAAACCACGUGUGCGGCCACACUUACACACUGUGGCCAGAAAACUAUAAAAAUGAAGAAAAAAAUACAAAAUAAAUGUAAAAUGAAAAUAAUGAAAACCCAACUUACUCUUACAGUUUCAUAGAAUACACACUUUAUGUCAGGAUCCACCAAAAAGAAAAUCCAAAAUUUGUCAGAAAAUCAAUAAAAUACAAAAAUCAAACCCAAAUCAAAAAUGGUGGAAAAAAAUUAAAAUAUCCAACCAAUGAAAUUUUACAAUUAUUAUUAACAAACCAAUAAAAAUUUAAUUUAAAACAUUCCAUCAUCAUAUUAAGGAAAAUUUAACUCUAGUAAUAAUGACAGUGGGAGUGAAUCCAAAACAGAAACUUAAAAGAAACAUAAAAUGACGUCAUGGCGCAAAAAUUGUCUGCUUUAUUAGCCUAAUUGAUUAUUGACCUAUGCCCCAUACUUUUUUUUAGCCGAAGCCCUUAUAAGUAAAAAUAUUGCAUGUCUCCCUGCCCUGCUGCUACAAACCCAUGGUUAUUUAAAGGCCAAGAGAGACAACCGCAACAGAAAAGUCAAAAGAUUGAGUUACGACUGCAUAUGUGGUGUGACUCAUAAGAUGACAUAGGCUUAGUCUUAGACUACACUAUGUCAGUUUUGGCUAUUUACUAAUACUAAUUGUAUAGAAAAUGUCCACUGUAGCUGACAUUGAAGGGAAGAGCGUAGUUACUUAAAAUUUCUUUAUUACCUUUGAAUUAUACAUUUCAUUCACUUUUAGGUGGAAGCUUGACUUUGGAAGCUCUCGAAAAACACAAUGCGUCUACUGGAGGAUUCACAGAGGCUUCAAUUCAAGAUGAUGCAACAUCUUUUGGAGGCACAACUUUCAAUACUUGGGCAACAAAUUUAACAGGGUGUACAAAUGUUACUUUUAAUAAAGUUCAUCGUUACAUCAACUCGAACUCCAUUGUACAAAAAGAGGUCAGUCUUUUUAUAUUACAAUAGAUAAAUGAUGAAAAUGUUUGUUGUUAUAAAAUGUAUACUUGGAUUCAGUAUCAUACAUAAAUGUCUUACGAACAAACCUAUAUAUGUAUAUAUUUGUUUCAUAUUGACCCAGAUACUUGCUGUCUUGGCAGCAAUUACAGAAGUUAUCAAAGAGAAUGGUGGGGAAGGAAGUGAUGUGCAAUACUUUGGUCUCUUGGUACGUUUUUAUUACAUGCUCAAUGUUCUUGUUAAUAUUAAAAAUAUAACGUAACUUUAAUCGUGGUUUUCAUAAAUUGACUAAAGAUAAGUCACAAGAUAAAAAUAAAAUUUUAAGAUUUUUAUAAAAGCAACUUCUGAGCACUUUCAUGGUUGUACUUAACAGCAAUAGUCUGGUAAUCCCAAAAGUACAAGGCAUCCGUACGUAACCAUUUCCACUUACGUAUCAGAGAAAUAAAAUUGGGUAAAAAUCUUAUGCUACUAGUGGGAACAGUUAAAUAUUUUUAUGAGUUGAGCCUCAUUAGGUCAUCUUCAUUGCUUAUAUAUUUUAAUUUUGAUGAAAUUUAAUAUAAAUAUGCUCACAAUGUCAAGGAAUGUCCCUUUGAGUUAUUUGAUACAAGGAAAUUAUCUGUUUUUAACAUCACUUUCCUGAAUUCAGAAAAGUAUAAGCUCACUGUUCUCUCAUUAAAUAUAACUUUCCAUUUAUUUUAGCCUUGUCUCAGAAUUAGCUUUUUACAGAAAUGCUCAUUAGGAUCAUUUCUUAAUGUAAUUAUAGACUUUUGAAAUACAUUUAAGUUCAUUAGAAAGCAUGAUGGUCAUUAGCCUAGCUUAACAACUGUAUUUAUUUGCAAUUGACAGGUAACAAGUUUAGAAAAGCCAGAUAAAUUGGAAACAAGACUUGCCAUGGCUCAUUUGUUGAGCAUUGUCAUUAAGAGGUAAGUAAAGACUAAUGAUACUUCUUUGAUUCUAAUUGAUUCUUUUCUUAAAGGUGUACAAAAGAGCCUGUCCACUACACACUGUAACUUUUCACAUUGUUUGUUUCUUUUUUUUUAUUAUUAGAGUGCCAGUUUCUGUUUUGCAAAGUCGAUUUUCACAAGUGCAAAAAACUCUGAUGGGACUUGUAACUGAUUGUGUUAAGCAACAAAUGACAACUCCAUUAAAACCUGUAAGUUGUUGAAGUUUGAAAUGUUUAUAUUAGUAGAUUGUUAAAUAUUUGACAAGUUGUUAUUAUUAGUUAUUAAUUAUUUACUUAAAUAGUAUAUUUGAGUAGAAUUUAGGUUGUUAUAACAAUUGUUGCCACAAAUUUAUAUAAAAAGCACUUCUUUUCUUUUUAGGCGCUCUCUUGCCUAGCUAGUUUGUUACGAGUUCAGGGCUUGGAUAAAUGGUUGGAUGGCUCAAUAAAGCAUACAUUCGAUGCAUUGCUUGCAUUUGUUUCCCAUAAAAAACCUAAGGUAGGCUUGCCUUUAUCUCAUUUUUUGCAUUGUUUGUAUUUCUCCUUGUGAAAGUAUUGUAAAAUAAAUGUAAGAUAACUAAUAUUUUUUUUGGUCAAUAGUAUUUUAUUUUCAAUAGAUAAGAAAAGCAGCUCAUACAGCAGUGAAAAUAGUUUUGAAAGGAAGCAUAUUUAUGCAGCAGACACCAGCUCCACCAUUUCAUCCAGCAGCCUCUACAAUAGCUAGAUGCUGUGAGCGACAAAUAGAGGCUUACAGAGGUGUGAUAAAUAAGCUUUUUUAUUUAUAUAUAAUAUAUUUUUCUUUGUGGAGCAUAUUAUAUUUUAGGAAGCAAUUAUGGAAACGAUUUUUUUUAUUAUGUUCUAUUUAAUUAAGUUCAAUACUUUUGGUUUAAAAAAAAAAUUGAAUUUUGUUCAGUAAAAACCAAUAAUCUGAAAUCCAAUUAUCCCUUAGCAUCAAAUUAAGAAGGGAUCAAAUGUUACAUUCUACUCAUUUGUAAUAGUUUGCAAAUUUUUUUGAAAAAUCUAGCCUACUGCAAGUGUAAAAUUUUUCAAUUAAUCAAAAUAUUUUAUUAUUUCAGGACAGUCAAAUAAAGAAGUGAUGUAUACACUGUCUUUGUUGAAAGACACCCUUAGUUUGUUUCCAGCCACAAAUGUCAAGUCUUUAUGUGAAAUGUUACUAAGACUAAUGACAUUAACAGAUUUGGUAAUUAAAUAAACUUUCUUUCAAAAUUUCAAUGUGUCAACUAUUUCAAGAAAGAUAACAGUUUAAAAUAUUUUAAAUAAAUACCCUUUUUUCCCUCAAUAAUUGAUAAAAAAAAAAUAUUCCACAUGUAAAAGCCCUUUAAAGUUUGCUGUGUUCAUCAUUUUAUGAAAUGAAACUUUGUUUUACUGUAAUUUAUAUUUCUUUAAUCUUAGAUACAACUUUUUGAAAGAAAUCUUAAUGUUUUACAAUUAAUAUAUUUAUUAAAUUCUAAUACCCGUACAAGUUUCUGCCCUUUCUUAAUUGAAUAAAUUCAUUUUCUAUAUGCAGAUUUUGCGAUCAUCUUGUAUUGAAGUGUUAUUCAGACUAUUCUCUGCCAAACCUAGUGUGGAGAUAAUGCCAGCACAGAUGAAUGCUCAGUUGCUUACUGUGAGUUAACUGCAUGAAAUUUAAGAUCGAAUCAAGUUGGUUUUUUUUAAAAGCUGUAUCUCUAAUUACGUGAUAAAUAAGUAUCAGCAUUUAUUAAGGUAUUUGCAUUUCUAAACUUUUUCAGGCGCUCUAUGAAUACCAACCGUCAGUUAAAGACAGUCAGCCAAUGAUUGCUUGGCUGAAAGUUAUGGAAGCUGCUAAUGUGAAUUUGGCAAAGUAUGAUAUUUAUUUUUCUUUGUUCUUGUGGUACAUGUAUGUAUUUACCUAUAUUACUUAAAACCAAACAAUAGAUCGCAACCAUAUUUGACUUGAUCAUAGUUCCUGACCAAAAAAUGGUUUCUGGACAGUUUAGUCAAGAUCCAUUAACAACAAAAAAUUUUAUUUUUUUAUAAACAUAUUUCGGCUACGGACAUUGUCCACCAAUAAUAUUUCUCAGUCCAUUCAGAUCUGGAUAUUCUAUAAUAUCUAUUUGUAUGUAUUUAAUCAUUUUAAUUGAACAAAAACUGAGGUUUUAAGUACAAUCAAAUAAUGUAUCACCUUAAUAAAACUUGGUAAUACUUGCUCAUAUGAAUGUAAUAAAUAAUUUUUGAAUUCUCAAUUACUCAUUGGUACAUAUUUAACUUCUUAUUUUAUUAGCCAAAACAUUGAUCUGAAUGUGAAUCAUCUACCUCGUCUAUUUUCAACGUGUAUGACAUGUCUCUUGUCUGAUCGUCAUGAUGUAGCUAAAGCAGCUGUUGACACAAUGAAGGUACAUUUGAAAAAUAUUUGAUUAUGCGAAAUGAAAUGGAAAAUAUUUUAUUCGGCUUUAAUAUUAACAUUGAGGCCAAUAAUUAGGGCUGAGCCAGGUAUUGAUCCGAAACAGGAAAUGCAGAUUAUUAACCCAGCACAUAGUUAUCUUUUUAUUUUCUAUACUAUAAUGUUUUAAUAAUAUUGCAGGUCUUACUGUUGGAGUGUGUGGAGGCUGUCAAAGAAAAAUUAGUCAGCAAUGCUUCUAUUGCUGUUUUACAGAAAGUAGUAAAGACUUUGGAAACUGGUCUCAGUUAUCAGUUUCAUUCUAAUUGGUCUUUAGUUUUGCAACUUUGGUCUACAGCAUUUCAAGUGAGUGAAGAGGCAGUUUUCAAUUUUGAGUAGGAAUAUUUGGGUCUUUUAAGUAAAUAGGCUGUAAUCGAAAUGGUAUUACCUGGAUUGUUCAAAAGUAAAAAUAAUAUUUUGUGUUUGUGGACUUCAGUAACAAUUAUAAAGUUUAAACUUAAUUAUACUUUUUUAGGAAAUUUAAGAGAAGGAAUAAUAAACAAAAAAAUUUGUCAGAACUUAAUGGUACAUGGACUCCCAUUUCACUUUUCAGGUCCUUGGUAAAAUAAUGCCAAAAGAUUUGAUGAAGGUACAGAAUAUUGUUUUUUGUUUUGUUUUUAUUUUUUAUAUUAAAUUAUUAAAAUAAUAUAAAUUUUUAUGUUCUUUGUGAAAAACAUUCUUGGUUAAAAAAUAUGUUAUCCUGAUCAAAGUAUUGAUGAUACCUCAAAGUUGAUGUAUCAUUAUUUACUUUUUUAAUUGAGCGAUGUUUCACUAAAAGUUUAAAUUUUCAUUUCAACAUGUUCUCUUGUUUACCUCGUCUUUUGCGUGGUGUGAAUGGUUUGUGCUGAUCUAAUUAGUAAAAGGUAAACUAGGGCUCAAGCAAACGAAAGCUCUCUAUUAACCCAAUAAAAGUAAUCAGUCCCUCUCUCUCAAAUUUGCGGCAGUAAUGUAACAACAGAUAAAGGAUUUGCAUUUUUUUUAAAUUUCAUGCUAAAUUUCUUCUUUGGGUUGAUUGAAAUGGUGAAGAGUUUAAAUAAAUUAUUUGAUUGGUGAUUAUGAAUUGCUUUAGAAUGUAUACAUGUUAGUAUUUGAAAGAGAAGUUGUAUAAAUGUCUAUAUUUUAAAGAGCAGUGUGACCAGAAAUUUUUUUAACCCCUUCAUCACUGUCAAAUAACUAAUACUUAUAAAAUAGUCUCCCCUAUUUUUUAUUCCAUCAAUAUCAAAUUCAAGACUUUUCAGCUUCAAGUUUUGAAAUUACUUAUUCUUUUCUGUCUACCUUAUUAAUUAAUUAGUUAAUUUUAACAUUGUCAACACUUAAAUGCACACUAAAACUUCAAGAUAAGAAGUAAUAAGUUAUACCACCUUCAUUCAAUUUUUUUUGUUUUACAUUGAUUAAAAAAAUGUUUAAAUAAUGUUAUUCUGUGUUUUACCGUCCAUUUUCAUUGUGUACUGAGUUCAAAGCAUUAAUAGUAAUUCAACUCUUUUCUUCAGUGUCUUUCGUCAAUGGGAGAUCUUCGAGACACUCCUCACUUUUCUUUUAAGGGUGAAAUGGAUCAGGCCAUUGGUUUUGCUGUCAAAAAUAUGGGACCUCGACUUGUGUUGGAAUCUAUUCCUCUUGGCAUUACGGGGGAAAAGUAAGGAAUUAACACUUAUACACCCUUGUUUCUGACACAUGUAUCUCCCAACUUUGCCAUUUAAAAAACCUGCUUGUCAUGAAUAAACAGACAACACUGAUUCAUUCAUGAUGCAUACAUCUGUCAUUAUUUAAUUAUGAUAUUUUCAGACCUGCCAACCCAUCCGAUUUUUGUCGGAAUUAUUUUUUACCCCUCAUUAUGACCUUCUGGCAAACCCCUUAAAAUUCAGAAUUUUAUAAUUUUUCGACAGUCAUAAAAAUCCAAAAGAGAAAAAAAAAAAAUCGGGUACUGCGGGAAGUGUUGCAUUUGUUUUUAUGAAGUGUCUACAUAUCCGGCGACCGGACGAAUAAGUGAAUAAGUUCUUGAGAUAUUCGUUCGGCUACUAAUAUAUUUGACCAAAUCACAUGACCAGCGUAACUAAUUUGCGCGAGAUAUUAGAUCCACCCCUCCUACAGAUUUUUUUUUCUUGGCAGGUCUGCAUUUUCCUGACAAUCAAUGGAAAUAAUUUUGAAAGUGUCUUGUAUUAACCAGCCUAAGGUGUAACUAAAUUUUUGUAGUUUUCCCAUUUAACUUUGGCAGUUCAAAUUUUUAUUAAACUUUACGUUAAAAUUUUAAUCUUAAAAUUUGUUGAAUUUAUUUAAAUAUUUUGAACAUAUAAAGUUUCUUAAUUCUUCUAUACUUUUUGUAUUUAAACCAGUGCUGGACUAAAGGUGCAUUCAGAUAAUAGGGUUUAUUUACUUGAUGUACAUUGUGGAUAAAAAUGGGAUAAACAGUCAAAAAUAUCUGGUAUGGUAACAAUAUUCAUGUUUGGUGUAAAACAUUUACUGGUCAUAAAUUUAUUUAUCAAUUUAUCAACACUCUUAUUUUUCUAGUGACAAUUUAGAUUUUCCCCGUGGAUGGCUAUUACCAGUUUUAAGAGACAAUAUAGGUCAUACAGAGCUAAGUUUCUUUUCAUCUUACUUUCUGCCGCUUGCUGCAAAGUUCAGGACUAAAGGUAAAUUUAUAUUAACCUAGUAAUUUCUAUGAUUCUAAUUAAUGAUCUGACAAAAAAAUCAAUAAAUCUAAUUCUGCCAUUUGGAAUAAUUAUUUUUACCCUGCUCUAAUUUCAGCUGAGUCAUUUACUAAGGAGGGUCGAAUAGCUGAGGGAAAAGCUUAUGAUGCAUUACACCUUCAGUUAUGGUCUUUGUUGAAAGCUUUUUGUGAUCACCCUACAGACCUUAAACAGGUUCAUUACUUGUGAAUUUAUGUGUUUGCUAGAUAUUGCAUCUAUUUCACUUAUCCCAAAAGUUACUGCACUUAGCAAGUCUUACGACCUUUUUAUUUAUACAAAAUUUACUGUUUUUGUUUUAAAUAUAGUAUUUUUUAAAAUUAUUGCUUUCUUAUUUACCUAGAGUUUUCAAGGUAUUGCUAAGAUUCUAGGUACAGCACUGAGUGAAAGAGAAGAUUUAAGGAUGGAUGUAAUGGCUGCUUUGAGGUCCCUUAUAUCCUGCAGUUUAGAAAAUGGUUAGUUUCUAUUUUUAACAGCUAUAUAUGUACAUAUAUUAUUUUACUCCUUUAAUAUAAAGUAGAGUAGCCAGGCUGUGAUGAGCGAAAAAAUUAAAAAGGUGCACCAACAGGGGCAAAUCUGAAAAUCCUGUUGCAUCCUUAACUCAUUCCCUGCGGUUGCGACUAAAUGCAUCCUUUGGGGGUUUUAACGGAUGUGUCCCGGCGCAUAGGGACACACCUCUCUCAUUUCUAUUUAAAAUAGAAAUAAAUAAAAAAGAGAGUUACUUCCCUCUGUCAGGCAUAUAAAUUAAGUACCGAAGUAGCACUGCCUUUGGAAAUGAGUUAAACACUGUGUUGCCCCAAAAAUUGGACAUGCACCAAAAUAAACACUAACUUGGGGUAGGGGUAUGUAAGUCCUACCCUGAAAAUAAGGCCUAACAUCAGUGUCUGUGCAAUGAAGCAGUCAGUGCAUCAGAAUUGAGUGCGGUCAAGUGGUACCUGGCUGCGGGUAGAACUACUUCCUUGCAGAGGGGGAAUAGAUAAAAUUCCUUCUGGAAUGACUGCCUAUCUCCAUACUCUCAAUACUGCCAUAAACAAGCCGUUUGAGGACUAUUUACGCAUGGAAAUCAAUGACUACAUUAGAAAUAGAAUGGAGAGAAAUCAGCGUGGAGCUUUAUGAAGCCAGGUCUGCAAGAGGUUGAUACUUUGGAGAAGAAUUCAUGGGAUGAAAUUACUGACAGCUGUGUUGCCUAUGUACAACAAGUAGGCUAAAUGCACAAGGUGUGCUCAUAUAUGGAGAGUUCUGUUACUAUACAUGAGAGGCUAAUGGUUCUAUAAGAAAAGAUGUCGCAAGAAAUUCAGGCAGGAACUCAGGGUUUAGUGAAUUAUGACAAUUUUUCAGAAGAAGAUGACAGGACUAAAUUUGAAUAGAAAUAGAUUUUUUUACAUGAUAAAAAUAAGAUAUCCCCUUAAAAUAAGUCCUAAAGCAAUAUUCAGAGGUAAAAUUAAUAUAAGACCCUGUCUUAUUUUUUGUAUAAACACUGUAAUAUAGGAUAAAUGCAGUGCUUUUUGAAAUAAGAGUGGCAGUGAAUUGAAUGGUGCAUGAUGGGAGAGGACAGCAGAAAUCAAGAGUGGAAGGCUACUUAACAAAAAAUGGAGGCAGUUGGUGCUGGGGGGGAUGUCUAAGGAGGGGGCUCAUCAAGCCAUUCUCAAUAAUAUUUUUGAAAAUGCAAAAUUAGGACAAAUAAAAUCUGCUUAUUGGGAUAUUUAUAAUAGGAACAAAUAAGGAUUCUUAUUAAAAAGGCCCAGCUUUUACAUAAAAUUGGUCACAGGGGGAGGGGCAGCUUCUUCUGCUCUCCCCUGGCUCCCUACUGAUAAUAGAGUAUUCACUGAAAAGUUUCCAUUUAUCUGCAAUAUAACUGAUAUUUAAGAAUAAGAAAAUUAUUGCAACUAUCCUAUUACAAAUAUACACGUUUAAAAAAAUUAAAAUUGAACUAGUGGAGACAAGUAGAAUUUUUUAAAAGUCUAUAUAUUUAAGUCAAGCGAAUGUAAUAAGCUGAUAUUAAACUAUGCAGCAUUGGAACUUAAAAACUGCAUAAGAAAUAAAAAAGAUGAUUUUUCACAAUGGCACUCUGUAAACUAAUACAUUGGAUUUGUCAUGACUUUGUUUCCAGUUUCUCAAUUUUAACUUCAACAUUAAAAUGCGGUGAAUUCAAAAUAGUCUUUCCUUUAUAUUUUUUUUAUCUGUUACAGAGUCAGAUAAAGAAGAAGUGGGGAGAUUUGCAAAGAACUUCCUGCCCAUAUUAUUCAAUCAAUUCACUGGGGAAGGUAUUUUAUCGGAUGGAGUUAGAUUGGCAGUGUUAGAAACAAUAAAGAAGUAUCUUGUGGUAGCAGAUCUUAAGGUAUGUUGUGGUUAAAUUGUUUUUUCAUUUAGCAUUAUUUCAGUAAAAAAAAUUAUUGUAUUCUACUACCUUGUUUGAUUAUUUUUGUUUUUACAAUUGCAUAUUUUUUUUCCAGUUGAUUUUGACAUUUUUGGAUAAAUGUCUGGACAAAUUGCAAGAAUUAGAUUACAGUGGAUUCAGAAAGUAAGAAAACUAGUGUUCUGAACACGCCAAUACAUGCUUUGUUUUAUAAAAAUUCUAAACAUGUCUUUAAAAAAAAUAUUUAAUAGCUGUAGAUAAUUUUAUUGUAACUUAAUUAAUAUCACAAAUUUACAUUUUGUUUGCUACUAUUCUAUUCUGCCUUUAAACUUCUUUUUAAAAUUCAGUAUAGCAUUAUUGGACUUGGCUAUUUCAAUGGUACCAUUUGCAGACCUGAAGAGAGUAAAACUACUUUUUGAUUUGUCUCUACAAAGAUUGCAGGUUUGUUUUUCCCCAAAAUGUAUGAAUAAGAAGGGUAAUAUAUUUUUUAAAGUAUUUGAAUUUAAUAGUCCAUUUUUCAUUCCAGCAAUUUUAUAUUUAGAUUAAAUGAAAUUAGAUAAUGAAAUUGAAAAAAAAAAAUUGAAUUGUUAAAAAAUCAUUAAACUUCAUUUAUUUAAAUUGACAUUUGAAUCUUAUAUAUAUACCCAAGUUAAUGGAGACCUUUCAUGAUUUUUAUUCCCUUCCAGUCAGAGGAUAGAACAAUACAGAAAAAAUCGUAUCGUGUUUUAGAAGAAAUUUGCAGAAGUCAGUCCCCAUCAUGCCAGGAACUGAUAUCAACUCAUUUGGAUGAAAUUAGAGAUAGUUUAUUGCAGUCUUUAUCUAAUUCAAGCCCAUCUUCCAAAGCUGUAAGAAAGAUUUUAUUUUUAAAAUAAAUUUUUAAAACUAUAUUUUAAGCUAUAAGCCUAAUAAAGAUAAUAUACAGAUAAAUAAUGAGUUUGAAUAAUUUAACAUGACAAACUAUUUAUUGAUGCACGUUUUGAGUGAGAAUCAUUUUAGAUCUUUAUGUCUCCAAAUUAAACCAUACAAGGGAAACUUUAUUAGGAUUUGAAGUAAAUUAUCUUUAAAAGUUUUGAUUUUCUCUAUCAGUAGUUCUUUGCUUCACCAUCUUCAUUUCAUCCUGAUGUAAAUUUCUUUUUACAGAAAUACAGGUAUUAGAUUGAACUUAGUACAAAAAUAUUUAUGUUCUGACAACAAAAACUUUGAAAGAAAAAAUUAGGGAAAUAAAGAAUUUUUAUAUUAAUAAUUUGCAACUUUUGAAUCUAAUUUUAAACUUUUAAACAUUUUUCUACAAAUAUUCUCCUGGAUGAUUCUGAGUUGCCCAACUCAAAAAUUCUCUUGAGGGUGAAAUAUAGGGUACAGGAAAUUUCUAAGAAGACUAAAACUCAGCCCAUUAAAUUUUUUAAAAUUAUCAAAUUGUAUCUGAAAAAUUGUAUUAACCUGUUUUUACAGCCUCGUCUACGAUGUUUAAUUCAUGUCUACAAAAAUUUACAACAAUGUAACAUGGAUUUCUUCAUGGCCACUUUACCAGAAGUAAGUCAUUUCAAAGUACUUCAUUGCCAUGCCUAAGUUGUAUGGACUCUUAGUUUCAGUAUGGUGCAAUUAUUCUCUACAAUCUUAAAAAAUAUUAAAAUUCCAUUAUAUGUCACUGUCUUCUUUACUUAACCAGUUUUUAAUUUUUAAUCUCCAAGGCCAUUUUGUGCACAAAAGAAAUAGGAGCUAGGGCUAGAGCAGCAGCUUUUGAGCUUGUAAUUGUGAUGGCUGACUCAUUCAUUACCUGGAAUUCAGAAGCCACCGAGAAAGGUAACUGUUUUUAUUUCAAACACUGUUUUGAGCUAUGUUAAAAUUAUUUUAUUGCCAUUCUUUUUUUUUCUUUUUUAACCCACGAACUGUGUAUGUUAUGUUUCUGUACUGUGUGGGCAAUUUAUAGCUUUUUGAGUGCCUUUGAAAAAGGUGAUUUUUUCACAUGCAAAUACUACAGCUAAACCCCAUAAAGUAUAUAUUUAUAUAUUUAUUGAGUGGCGAAUCAUACUGGCUAUUUUUUAAUGAUAUAUUAUACUCCUACCUUGACUUUGGAGGACGAAGUAUAAAGAAAAUAAUGAAAAUUUUUCUUUUCAAGUACCUCAAACUACAAUUUUUUUAAAGGUAUACUGUUAUAAUGUUUAUAUAAUAUGAUAACAUUUUUAUUUAUCUUUCAGAAAACGGAUUAUUUGUAUAUAUUUUAGUUAAUAGAUUUUUAAAAAAAAUUCUUCUGAUGCCUUUAAUUACGUUCAAAAGCACGACAUAAACAAUAUAAACAUUAGUAAAUAGCAUGAAACAUAAAAUUUAAAAUGGUGCUAUAUAAAUAUUUAAUCCAUAAAAUGAAAUUUAAGGAAACAUAUAUAGAACAACAUCCAAUUAUUUUUUGUUGGUACAAAAUCAUCUGCAACAUAGUUUUGAAUGAGUCACGUUGCGGCAACUCCUACUCGUUCUAGGCCUAGGUCUAAAUUGUCCGAACUUUCGCUUACUGACCCACUAGAAAAAAUAUCAGAAUUAUCAUUGUCUUCGUGUGUGAUCGGAAAAUCAUCUUCUGAAUCACUUAAGUCAUUAACUAAAAAGAAUUAUCAAAAAGAUUCCUAACUGAUCCAUCUAUGGCCUCAUCCAUUUUGCAAAAAUCCACUUACACAAAUUUGCUUGUACAGAUCAAUGUAAAAAAUAACUCCAAAGUUUAAAAAAGGACACAGAAGAGCGAAAACAGAAGUUUAUUUAUUAUUAAAAGGAAUUUUUUUAUUUAGUGUAAAAUAUUGGACUGGAAGUUGUUCUUUCAGCGCAGUUUUCAUAGGCUGAUAAAAUCGGCCGACACAGUACAGAAAGAGGAAAUCGGCCGACCACAGUACGUGGGUUAAAAAUUUUUCUCUAUUUUGUAUUAUUUACCUAAUGGUUACAAAUUACAGAAUGUCUUGGAGUAUUUGUGAAUAAGGUGUUAGCUGGCCUUGCAGGUUCUCCUCACAUGAUCAGUGCAACACUCUUAGCGUUAACUCGGAUGGUUUUUGUCUACAAAGGUGAGCUCUUUAAAGAGAAAAGGCUUGUGAUUUAUAUAUUUAUUUUUCUCAAGCAAGAGAAAUUCCUUAACUCAUUGAAUUGAAAGAAUCAAAAUUUUAAUUGAUCAUAUAAUUUGUCUAUAUCAUUUUUUUAUAAAAAAGAAGUACAUAUCGUAAUAUGAAUUAAAUCAUAAUAUGAAUUAAAUGGACUUUAAAAAAAGUCAUGACCAUUGCUUUGUUUCUUAAAUUUAUUUAGAACGCCUUAUUGGGCCUGUUUUAGACAACCUGAUAGACAGUGCAUGUUUAUUGCUUGCUUCCAAGACCAGAGAAGUUAUUAAAGCAGCUCUUGGCUUUAUCAAGGUGUUGAUUUCUGCUUAUGAAAAUACAAUUUUAGCAUCUCACCUCAAAGAUCUGGUAAGAUUUUUAAAAAAUAAUAAUUUACAUUUGUUCAUUGACUUUUCUAAUAUAUUGUAUCAGAAUUAAAAUAAGAUGAUUUUUAAUAAAUGGAUAUUUAAUUAUUAUGCCAUUAUUUUAUUCUUGAUUUUGACUUACUUAUAUUAGGAAACAGUUCUUCAGUUUCUUGGGAUCUUUAAUGAAACACCUAAGGGGUUAGUUUGCCAAAACACCUGAUACAAAUAUCUGUUUAAAAAUGAAAGAGAUUUACAUUAAAUAUUUGAUUGGAAUAAAGUAAUUGAAUUGGCCUUGCUAAUAUUUUUUUUUUCAGUUGAAAAGUUUACAUGAAAUAGCUUUGAAAGGAAAUGUGAGAAGACCGACCAAAAUAAUUUUUACAAAACUCAUUAAAAAGUUUGGGUAAGCACUUUGUUGACAGUGAUAUGAUUUUUUUAACAGUAUUUUAUUUUUUAUCUUUAAGAUAAGAAUAUAAUUCAUUAUAUCUUACAAAUAACAAUAAAGGACAUGGAAUUUAACCCUGCCAAGUGCCAGACACUAUCAGUCUCUAGAAGUUGUACUCCGCUACACUACCAAUACGAACUGCACAGCCAUUUACUUGAGCCAGUUUCCUCCGUAAAGUACCUGGGUGUUCCCAUUCAAAGAGAGGUCUGCUGGGACGAGCAUAUUAACAAUGUAUGUAACCAAGCAAACAAGACCCUUGGGUUCUUAAGGCGAAAUCUAAAAGAUUGGCAACUCCUGUGUGAAAGAAAGAGCAUAUAAAGCCUUUGUCCGUCCGGUUUUAGAUUAUACAUCUUUAGUCUGGGACCCAUUUACCCAGAAGAGCGUUGACAGGUUGGAGGCAGUCCAGCGAUGAGCAGCAUGCUUUGUCCUAAACUGCUACAGGAAUACCUCUAGUGUUGGCAGCAUGCUGGAAACACUAGGCUGGUCACCAUUGAAGGAACGACAAUCCAGGCUCUCCAUGAUGUACAAGAUAAAUAAUGGGCUGGUACACUGUUCCAGUAUUAAACAGAAACUCGUCCCUCUCCCCCAUAGACAGCGACGAGGCCAUGACAGGCAAUUCAGGCACAUACCAGCAAGAAGCCAGUAUAGGAGCUGCUCAUUCCUGCCCAGGACAAUCAGGGACUGGAACAAGCUUUCUAAAGGAACGGUUGAGGCGACAACACUAGUGUCUAUUGCCUCAAGCCUUCAAACCCCUAGUGCAUGAUUCCCUCACAAAGUGGCACUGGAAAUCAGUGAAAUUUCCUCAUCAACACCAGGAACAGAAACAUUGCAAAUCCCAUCUACAUGCAUAGGAGCAAAAAUGAUCAAUAAAUUGAUCGUGGGCCCUUAAGAUAUAGAAGAAGAAGAUUAAGAUAUUUCUGAGUAUUUUUUUUACCAAAUGUUUUAUUUUCAAAAUAUAAUCUGAAAAGAUUGUUAUGUUAUAAUACUGAUAUUAUGGUGAUGUUUUCAAACUAAUGGAUGCUUUUGUUUGUUAGAAUGGAAAGUAUUCAAUGAUCUCUUUAAAGCAUAUUAAGUAAUAAAAUUAUAAACAACUAACUUUGGCAAAAUAAGGCAAUCACAAAAAUGUGUAUUUGAUGUUUGUGAUAAUUUCUGGGAGCGAGGUUGUUUUUUAAAGUAAAUUGUUUCUCAUCAUUUUCAGCUUUGAAUUAAUUUUGAGUAUGACACGUACAGAAGUGCACAAACUUCUCAAAAACAUUCACAAAUCCACUGAGAGGGCCAAGAGGAAACAAAAUGAAGGGGAUGAACCUGGUGAUGAAGAUGAAGGAGAUAGUGAUGAGGAAGAGAAGAUUGCAGUCCAGCCUGAAAGGUAAAGCUUUUAAAACUAAUCAAGUAGAAAAUAAUUUUGUUUGUGACUAAAUAUUAAUGGAGUUUGUUCGUUGUUUAAGCCAGUUUAUCAGAUUUAUCAUAAGUUGCUGUUAUGAUGUGUUUUAUUGUUGUCAAUAAUACCGCUAAUAGUUGUGUAUAUUAUCUUCCAGUAUUGAUGAUCUUCUGCAAGACACAGAUUCUGAAAUUGGCGAUGAUGAAGAAAGUGAGAGUUUGCCAAAGAAGAAUAAAAAAAGGAAACAUGGCAAAGAUGCUUGGCUUAUGGAGACAGGAGAAGAUGAGAUUGUUGAUUUCAUGGACCCUGCAGCUGCCAAACAAGUCAUUGGUAAUAUAAACAACACAUUACACUUUUAAACACUUGAAGUUCCGUUGUGAAACUUCUAAUGAAGUUCCGUUGUGAAACUUCUAAUGAAUGUCAUUUGGAUUAAAAAAAUUUAUCUUAGCCUUUAAGGUAAAUAUUACUGCAGCACUGCUUCUUCAACAAAUCUGCUUUUUAAAGUUCAUAAUAAUUCAUUUAAAAUAUUGUUUAGGAAUCUAAAAAAUAUUUUAAUGUCAUUUAUAAUUAGCAAUUUUACAAUAAAUAUUAUAAUUUUUUUUUUUUAAAGCAACUAGACCUAAUAAUACAAGGGAAGAGAAAAAGACUGUAGAUAAAGACAGAGGUUUUAAAAUGUCUAGUGAUGGAAAACUAAUUAUAACUCAAGAAGAUGAAGAAAAAGGACCAAAAGGUGAGAUAUGAUUAUGAACUAAUAAAUAUUUAUUAUUAUACACAUCUUUAUAGUUAUAAGUCUCUUUUUAUUUUUUACAAUAAUUAUUUUAAAAAUGCUUAUCAAAAAAUUUAUUAAAGUUUGUACAAUUGCUAAAUAAUGAAAAAAUAAUCUGCAGUGGAGUGGAACUUCUAUUUGCAACUAAGAUAAAUGUUGAUAUGCUGAUAUGAAGAUUAAUUUUUAAGCUUUGUACCUAUUUCGAUGAAUUAUGUCAUGCCUAAUAUAAAUGAACGUCAUGUACUGUACUGUUAUAUUUAAGCUAUUACAUGUUUGUGUUCAGAUAUUUGUUGAAAUGGAUUUACAGCAGUAUUAAAAAUUUGAAUCAAUAUUUGCACUUAGCUUUUGAUGUGGUUUUGUAAAUUAAAAAUGUAAACUUAUAAAUAAAGGUAAGAAGUCAGCCGCAGAAAAAGAUGAAGAUGAUGACCUUGAGGAUUUAGUGAGUGCUGUAGCUGAAGAAUUCAAGGUGAGGUUUUAAACCCUAAAAAAACUUAAUUAUAGAAAUAACUGAAAAAACCAUUGUUAGAAAAUUUAAUUAUUAUUAAUUUUCAUUAUUUGAACAAAUCUAUUUGAAGUUUUCUGAAAUGUGGAAUUAUUUAGAACCUGAAUUUCUUUUGAAAUCAAUUGCAAUUGUAAUUUUUUUUAUGUCUCAUUUUCAGAAAAAGUCAAGGAAAAGAAAACUAGAUUCAGCUAUUGGUGGUGAUGAUGGUGAAAAUGAACCCCCAGCAUCAAAGUAUCAAGGUAUAUAGAAAACCUUUAUUAACCCACGAACUGUGGCAUAGAUCAUUCUGUAGUGUGGGAGCUUUUCAGAGCUUUUUGGGUGCCUUUGGAAUGACAAAGAAAUAUUGAUACUAGACCCUAAUAAGCAUAUAUUUUUAGAAAGGUAAAUGGAUGGGGAUAAAGUUGGCAAUAUUGCCCAACCGUAAAAAAAAAAAUUUUGUUCAGUGUCCUUGACCUUGGAGUGCUCAAGAUAAUAAAAUCCAAAAAAUGUCUUGCUUUCAAAUGUUCAUAACAUCAUUAAUUACAAUUAAGCUUCUGAAAGCAAUUUAAAUAAUUUUAGGUCAUUUAUUACUGAAAAAGAAAAAUGGGAACACAGCUAAAACCAAGUGCAACAUACAAAAAUCCCAGGCAAAAAAAGUUAUUAUUGACUAGUAAACAUUUAAAAAGGAACAUUGGAACUGAUUUGGGUUGUUAAACUAUAAAAUUUAUUCGUUCUGAUUUACUAUUAUGUUGCUUCUGUGACUAAAAUUCAGUCAGCCUUUGCCCAACCUCUGGGCCUGGCUCAAAGUCUAACAGCAGGCCCACUUUAGUAUCGCUAAAUCUAGUAUCAGGUUCACUAGAAGAAGAAUACGAACUGAGAUCGUCAUGGGGAAUGUUAAAAUCAUCAUCAGUAUCACUUAACUCCUCUCCUAAACAGCUUUCAAAAAUAUUUCUAUUAGUUAUACUACUGAAGGCCCAACAUACCUUCAGCCAUUUUAGCUUUAGCACUUUAAAUUCCAAUUAAAAAGUAAUUAUUGUUAAGUUAUCAACAAACAGCUUGACCCGGAAGAUAAUUUAUUAUUACUAAAAGGAAGCGGCUAUAUUCCAGUUAAAUAUUGGAUUGGAAGUUGCUUUGGACCGUGUUUUUUAUCUGUCGAUUUUUUCGGCCCACCACAGUUCGUGGGUUAAAUGGAGCUUUAUAUGUUCACUUUGCUUGAAUGUUUUUUGUUUUUAAAAUAUAUUCUAAAUUAUUUUUUUUCUAUUUAAUUCUUGUUAUACAAAAAAAAGCACUUUAUUCAAAGAUGUGGAGAUUUCUUUGUUGUCUUAGAUAUACUUCUUUAAAAACAACUUCUAAUUCUUUCUUCAAAAUAAGAUUCUGGAUAACCAUAUUUUUAAAACCUCAUUUAAAACACAAAUAAAAUCUGUGAUUCAUGGUUGAAAAUAAUUAAAUAUGCCCUCUUUUGAUCAGCUGGUGGAAGUGGAAUUCACAGACAAGUAGCACAGGCUAAGAGGUCCAUCAAAGAAAAAACAGAAAUUGGACAAGAAUAUAAAGCUAAGGUAUGUGGAAUUUGUAAUUAAAAAUGUAUGCAAAUUAAGGUAUUCUUAUAAAAUGUCCAUGGAGAUGAUCUUUUAAGACAUGCAAUGGUCUUUACAUCUUUUGGUUAGCAUUAGGCUUUUCCAGGUUUUUCUCUGUUUUUUGUGUUAAAUAUUUUAAUUACCAUACAGUAACAUACAUUUUACAUUUAUAGUCAUUAUCAUUUAUGUUAAAGGACUAUUAAUUCUUCAAAAUAAAAAAAAUAUGACAAGGUACAUUAUAUAAUUGCCACUUUGUUCUUAUUCUUCUUCUUCUUCCUAAUAAAUAGAAAGCGUCGGGUGAUAUAAAGAAGAAGGGGAGACCUGAUCCAUAUGCAUAUGUGCCCUUGAAUUUUAAUGCUCUCAAUAAAAGGUUGGUGAUUACAUUACCAAUUUACAUUGAUAAGGCUUGUAUCGCAACAUUAGUAUAUCUGUACACAUAUACAUGCUUUGAUUUAACAGACAUAUUUAGCUUGUCAGCAAUUUUUGUGUGGGUUUGUCAAAACACCAUGUCAGUUUAGGAAUACCGGACUGGUGUUAAGAACAAUAUUAUUUUUGUUUAUUAUCAGCUUCUUGUGACCUUAUUUUUUUUAAAAAAUGUCCUGCUUUUUCCCCCCAAAAUAGAAAACAGAUGAAAAUAAAAGGUUCUUUUAACAACCUUGUCAAGGGAGCUAAAAGAGGUGCUGUGAAGGGCGUCAAAUCCAAAGUGCAAAGAAGCAGAAGAUAAUAGUUCAUAUUAAAUGAUGUUGUUCUCUAAUUAAUGGUUUCUGUAUUUCUGUAAAUAAUUUUGUGUUUAAAUUUAUUAUGAGCCCAUAGAAAGAAUCUUUCAAUGACAAAAUAAGCCACAAUAAAAAUAAUACAGAUUAUCAACAUUUGUUUAAGUUUAUUACAGAAUUAUAUCACACAUACAUGUUCUGAACACAAUACAAGAAAAAGAUUUAUAGCAUAUCUUUCUGAUCAAUUUAAAAUUCAC